GAUGUUGGCCAAAGUGUUACCGAGAGGCAAACCAAACCCCUCGCUAUGAGGCUGUGCCCACCAUCAGGUAGACAUGCAUUGCUUUUUCUUGGUGGCCUAGAAAUCGAUGCAGUAUGCACGCGCUGCUCACUAAGCAUCCACUACGCGGGGGCAAGAUCCGAGAUCCACAACGUACUCAGAGAAUUUUGAAAGUCAAUCGUGCAAUUCAGCCUCGAGCCUCAUUCACUGUGUGUAAAGAAGUUCUAUUUCUGGUCUGUUAUCACACAGCACGUGUCUUACUCUAGCCAGGUAUAGUGUAUCACGCCUCCAAGGCCUACGCGUAGACGAGUCUGCAUCUCAACGCUUUAAUGUCCCAGAUCAUCGAGGCAGUGAAGGACGGCUUUCAUUCGAUUUUAGGGUUGUUGAAUUUGCUUCUAGCCAGAAUGCAGGCCUUUGUCGCAUCUUGUGUAAAACACCUCCGGCCCUCUAUUCACAACAGCUGUGGACAUGACUGCCAACACAAACAAAUUGAAGAUUACCGACCAGGAUAUCCACGUUAUUCGGCCCUCAUUGGCGCCCACAAAUCUUUAUAUAUCAGCCGCCGCUUUUCCAAUGUGCGCUCCAGACUGCUCCUCUUGAAACAAGACAGAAUUGCCAGAUUAGAAUCACGAUUAGAAAAGAUAGAUGAGGGGGAGACUGCACCACUGUUCCUGGGAAGUCAUCGCGAGGAUCAAAAUAGCGACAGAAAGGAUGUUCUCGCAGAAUUAGACAGUGCAUUAACAGAUUAUGACAACUUCUUAAUUAGAAACCAGCAAAUGCUGAACUUCCCUCCGGCCAGCCGAAGAGACGUAGAGAGCCUAGCAAACUGGGUGAAUAAUAACGGAUGCCUGAGUUGGGAAGAGACCGAGUAUCUCACUCGGUGUAACGAUCUUCUCAGUGUGGCACCGACUGAUACACAAACUUCUGGCCCAAUAGAGACCUGGAUGGAGGGAGUGCUAGUUCGGUUCUUCGAAAGACUUCGAGAUCCACAACGAGAUGUGUCCAGGGAUAAGAAUGUCCACAUAUUUUCAGCGCGUUCAAUGGCGCGGUUCAAUAAACUUGUCGCGAUAAUCAUUAUUAUUCUAGCAGUAUCGGUGCCGUUGCUUAUCUGCAGCUACAUCACAACCCCUACAUCGCGGAUCAUCAUCACGAUCUGCUCCUUAGCCACGUUCAUCGUAAUACUUUCUAGUUUGACGUCGGCUAAACUGGUUGACCUAUUCGUAGCUGGAGCCACAUACACUACUGUUCUCACGAUUUUCAUACCUCAAUGAGUUAUUAAGUUGUUUUGAUAAGACGUGCUCGGGCUUUUUGUUUCGCUUACCCCGCUUCUAAUUGUUCCAAUACCAAAAUCUUAGAAGACCAACAUGCAGUUGGGACUAACAUCGAAUUGAUAAAGCUCAUGUGCGAUGGGUUGAAGCGGAGAAUCGUUUCUUCAAUAUGUACUCAACAUCAAAUGAAGUAGACUGGGUAUUCGAGAGGGUGAUACCAGGGCUACCAGCAAAUUUUACCAUUGUCGAUGGGGACAGAGGCAUCAAUAUCUUAAAGGCCGUAUUUUAUUGUAACAUCGCGCUUCAGUAUCACUACUGUAUACCAACCACCAGAUAUACAUAACCGCCAAAAUAUUCCAUCAAAUUUCCCC